UGUAGAGAAGAUACUGUACUUGUGAAGAGGACAUUGGCCUGGAGCUAUGAGGGUGGGAGCAGCAGCCUUGGCCGGGGGGGUAUUUGGGGCACUGGGGACGCUGUGUUUCUUCUUGGCAUUUGGGACAGACUACUGGUUGGUGGCUAGUGACAACUGUGGAUCUUACGUAUGGCCAACAAUAGUAGAUAAAGAUGCCAACGGGACCGAGUUUGUGAAAGCAGUCACCGUCUCUCCUGCGUCUCGCACCCUCCACCACGAAGGAUUUUUCUGGCGCUGUGUGUUCCAAGUGGAGCCUGCUACAGAUGCAGUGCUAGCAACGCUCUUCACCAACCAACCAAAAUCCAAGGUGUGUGUCCAUGGAUAUCUCUUCCCACUUCCAGUUGCAGUUGGCCGUGUGCCUCAUCCCAUCUAUGACGCUACGGCAGUGUUUCGAGGUUUCUGGACAGUGUUCAUAAUCCUCGCAUUGGUCUCGGCCUUGGCUGGGAGUUUCCUCUUGGUCUGUGGGGUUCCCUUUAUAAGCCAUAAACUCUACAAGCUGGGAGGAGUCUUCUUCAUCAUUGCUGCAUGCUUGUUCCUCUUCGUUCUGCUGCUCUUCGUGCUGUGGAUGGAGGUGGUGGAUGUGAAGAGUUACAUCCUGCAAGAAAGAGGGGAGACAUGUUCUGAUGCCCAGGUUUCAGUGCUCUAUGGUCUGUCAUUUAUGGUGGCUGCUGCCGGCGUCCCCCUGGAGCUCGUGUCUGGGUUGAUCUUCAUGCUUGUGGGCCGAGCACUGCUUGCCAACAAGUGAGGAGACCAUCUGGCAUCGGAAAGGACACAACUUACUUACGACGGUGUAAAGGCAUGACUGCCUACUGCGGUGGAAUUGUGUAAUUUUACUACUUUAAGAUUUUGGAGGCCUGAUUUUAGGAUGUGCUACGGCGAUGUUGCAGAGCGGACUGAGGGUGGACCAGAAGCUAUUCUGCUCCUGCAGUACCAGAGAUUAAAAUUAAAAUAAUAAAUAAUAAAUAAAUUCACUAAAUUUAUAGCUAUGGACAGAACGUUGAACAACAACAUCAUCCUUUGUAUGAAAUAUAGCCUCUGUUUUCAUUAAAAAAAUACAUUAAACUCUCAAUACAGGUCCGUGUUUUAGUUUUGGUGGAUAAAAAACAAACACUGCAGUGUUUAAUGCAUUGCAUGAAUGCAGCGUUAUAAAAGACACAAAGCAAAGCAAUGCAGCUGUGCUUCCUGUCCUGACUUUGGCACGGGAUCAAAGUGUGGAAGCAGGAAUUAUUUAACUGGAGAGGGAUGGAUGUGCAGUUGCUUGGGAGAAGAACUGAUGCAUGUUGGAGGUCCAGUCAACUGCUUCCCAUGCCUUUUUACGACUUUUACUUUGCCUACCAAUCAUUACAUUACACAUCCUCAUACAUUUUGAUGUAAUGUGUGAACAUAAAUGUUUGUUAUACUGACAUCAGUCACUAUUAAAAUCAAGUGCUAAAUGUACUUUUUUUUCCC